AUGUCUCGUCUGAUAGUUCUCCUGUCUUUAUUCUUCUGCCAUUUGGACGUGAAGUCAGUGUCAGUGAUGGAGAGACAUUCUGUUACUCUACACACUGAUACUGAACUACAGACAGAUGAUCUGAUACUGUGGAUAUUUUGUGUUGAGAGUCCAGAUGAGAUUAUAGCUGAAUUAUACAGAGAAGUCAAUAUGACAUCAUUUAUUAAUGAGAGAUUGAAGAAUCAUGUAGAGAUUGAGAUCUCAGACUGGAUCUUCAUCAUCACAAACAUCACAACUCAACACACUGGACUUUAUAAAGCUGAGAUCAGCAGAAAACCUUCUGUCCUCAUCAGACACUUCAAUCUGACUGUCUAUGCUCGUCUGCCUGUUCCCGUCAUCUCCAGAGUCUCUUCUCAAUGUUCUUCAUCAUCUUCAUCAUCAUGUUGUUGUGUGUUGUGUUCAGUGGUGAAUGUGUCACAUGAUGUGAGCGUCUCCUGGUACAAAGGAAAGAGUUUAUUGUCCAGCAUCAGUGUGUCUGAUCUCAACAUCAGACUCUCUCUACCUCUGGAGGUGGAAUAUCAGGACACAAACACAUACAGAUGUGUGGUCAACAAUCCCAUCACAAACCACACACAACAUCUACACAUCACUCAACUCUGUCACACGUCUGAAGGUUCAGGUGGUGUCGACUGUUGUGGUUUUACUGAAGCUGUGAUCCGAUUGGUCCUCUCUGCUGUAGUGGGUGUGGCUACUGUCGCUGUUCUCAUAUAUGACAUCAUAUGUAAAUAA